AUGAGGGGAGGAGGAGACAUCUGAUGGGGAUGAUGAUGGUGCUGGAGGAUGCAGGUUGGCUGCUCCGGUGCACACACAGCAGCAGCCAGCUCGUCGCCCCCAGCGGUAGCGCCUCACCGGCCGCCAGGAAGAGCUAGUCGGGCAAGGCUAGGGAGCGCCUGGCAGCAGCAGCCCUCUUCCUCAAUGUCUCCCCUGCGAGGCUGCUUCUCCUCCCCGCUCCAGCUGCGCCCUCCGCUCAUCCCCAGGCCGUCGCUGCUUGGCCUCUUGCUGCUUGAGCUCCUUGUGCUGCUUCUGGAGGAGGAGGAGCAGCUGUCCGGGAGCCCCACGUCUCCUUCACCCCCGAGCACCCUGCCGGCGGAGGAGCACCAUGAAGGCGGAGAAGGAGGACCUGUCCAUGAUCAACCUGUCUGUGCAGCAAGUGCUGAGCCUGUGGGCACACGGGACGGUGCUGAGGACCCUGACCGAGAUGUGGUAUUGGGUUUUCCUAUGGGCCCUCUUCUCCUCCCUCUUUGUCCAUGGAGCAGCAGGAGUUCUGAUGUUCGUCAUGCUACAGAGGCACAAACAGGGGAGGCUGAUAUGUGUGGUGCUGGUCAGCAUUGGGUUCCUGGCGUCUGUCACCGGAGCAAUGAUAACUAGUGCAGCAGUUGCAGGCAUAUAUCAAGUUGCAGGAAAGAACAUGGCACCUCUAGAAGCUUUAGUGUUUGGCGUUGGGCAGACAGUGCUGACUGUAAUCAUCUCCUUCUCACGUGUUCUUGCCACACUAUGAGACAUUCAAACUGGAAGUAUUUGAAGGAAUGGAUCUGUUCAGAAGGAAAGUAAAUGCACAUGUUUUAUUAUAUACAUAAUGUUGUAGUGAGGACCACUACGCAUUAUGUAGUAAUAAAUAACGAUAUGUUGAAGAGUGACCCUUUAGGAGAACUUAACAUUUAAAGGGAAGAUCAUCUCUUCAGAAAAAGUGGCUUCCGAUUGCUAAGCUGUUGCACUAUUAAAAUGUCAAGCACCUCAUGUGCCUCAAUCCCAGGCAAGGAGCAGUACAUUUUCUACAAUGCUGUAGGGAGGCGCACCUUGCAGAACUGGUCUGGUCAUCUAGUCCUCUAGUGUUGUGAGCAUGGCAGUAGUGUGUACAGUGUUGUUCAGGAGAUUUCAUUAUAUCACACGAGAUGAGAUUUUUUAAUUAGGAUACCAAAUAGUUACAUAAUCUUUUUGGGGGAAUUCUGAUCAUCGGAUACACACUACAGGAGGUUCUUCUGCGAUACGGACACUGACAUUGGAGACCCCAGAAGACUGUACCACUGCUGUGGAUAAAAGGCAAUGGUGAAAGGCUUAUAUGUGCCAAAUUAUUUUUGUAAGUCUUUUUUUUAUCAGUUUAGUCUUAGAUGGUGACAUGCUGAUUAUUGAUGUCAUGAUCAUUUAGAAAGUGAUAAAUACUUAGCAGUGAACCUUGAGGCUUGUGUACUGGCCAGCAAGAACAAAAAUUUCAUGACUUAAGUUCUAAGGAUCUAAUAGGAUUCAUAAGUCUGUGUAUUUCAUUUUUAUACAACAUCUUCAUAAUUCCAACUGCUAGUACCACCAUCUGAAGCUCUGCUGAUAUACCAUUUGAACUGUACGUCUAAGGUAUAUGUCAGGAGGAUUUCCUAACGUAUACCUCAACAGAUGUAUGCCACUGUAUAGGCAAACAGUAAAAGAAGUCUCCAGUAGGCUCCCAAAAAAAAAAAAGUAUCCCGGACAGGAACAAAUUUUCACUUUAUUCCUCAGUGUAUAAUAGGGCAGGCUACUAUACUGUGCUCUGUACAGCAGAAACAAAGGCUUGCUGAUACAUACUGGCCUGGUGUAUUUCAAAAGGACACCUUUAUGGCAUACGCCUGGUUAAUAUGGGGCCCUAUGGAUUUUAAAUCUGCCAAUGCAUUCGUCAGACACAGUUAACAAAUGGUAUAAUAACAGAACCUUAGCCAAUAUAUUCUGAGCAAUCCAGAAAGGAAGCUGUCAGCAACCCAUCUCAUGGGAAGUUACUUAAAGGGAUUGUGCGCUGUAAUGAUAUGGAUGGACUAUCCUCAGCAUAGUUCAUUAAUAUCAGAUUGGCGGGGUCUGACUCUUGAGAUCCCCACCGAUCAGCUGUUUCAAGGUGUGACUGCUGUGUCCCCCUCAGUGUUUAAAUGGUCACUAACUUUUCACACAGCUUUGGAUAAAUCAAUAGUACAAGCAACCAUAAGAAACUUUGUAAUGUAUCUUAUCAGACAGAAAUGUCUACUUCUCCAGUUAUCAGUUGCUUACCCUCUGUCCUUUGGCUUGCUAAAUGUUUCCAGGACAGAGCAGCUCAUUAAAUGAUCAGAUUACACAUGUAAAUACAAGUCUAUGGAGAGGAGAGGGGGAGUGAAAUACACACAGACAAGAAGACUGUUGCAGCUAAGUAGCUCAGCCCUAGUGUUUUAUUCACACACAUAUACAGGUUAGUUCUUCUUUCUAAUGUGCUUUAUGAGUAUGAGAAAGUUAAGAAGCAGAUUCUCCUCUACUUUCUGUGUGCCCAACCAGCUCUAGGAGAACUGCCAACUAGAAAUAUUGGGGAAAACUGCUAAAAAAAAUGGCAAAUACAAAUGAUACAGAAAAUAGUGUCAGAAAUAGUGUUAUUCCUCAUGUACACACACUGUACUAUUGAUUAAUGCAAAGUUUGUUGAAAGGUUAGGCACGCUUUAACUGGACACUAUCUAGCUUGUAGAAGGAAUGCAGUGUUAUUACAACUUCUUGUCCAUUCACUUGAAUGGGAUGAGCAGUUAUUAUUAAACUGCACAGCCGCUAUAAUCUAGACCUCUAGGAGUCAGACCCUGGCUGAUCUGAUACUGAUGACCUAUCCUGAACACCAUUACAGUGCACAACCUCUUUAAGGAUUCUGGUGCAUUCUUACUUGCAUACAGUAGGGCACAGUUACUAAUCAAGAUGUGUUAGGAGCGCAUGCCUUGCAACACAUUUAUUGUCUUAGACGCUUUUAUGGUGUGACAAUUGUGCCAAAAUUCUGGCGCCAGAAUUAGUAGGUGGUAUAAUAUUAGACUGGACAACCUAAGGUGUGCCAUGUUUAUCAUCCAGCAUCAGCCACUGCGAUAAAUCUAGUGCAUCUUUACACUGUCAAAAUGUUAGAAAGGCUUAGUAAAUCUGUCGCAGUGUAUCUUUCUGUCAAAUUUGCAGUUUGCUACACCACGGAUCCACACUGGGGCUAAUCCGACACAUGGUUACAGGCACAUGGAGUCCCUGUGUUUCCCCCCUACGGAGACACAGGUAAACUGUGUGGCCUGUUAGGUAUUUCAUUACAACACCGUAUUAUGGAAGUAUUCUGUAAGGAAUGUCUCCAUAAUACAGUAUUCUGUGGAAUUUGGUAGAAUAAUCUUUCUUUCAGAUUCUGUAUGGACUUGAGAGAGUUCAUAGACUUCUGUAUGAAACUGGAGUCGUAUGGUGGCACAGUAUGAGCCCAUGUACUUGUGUGUGUGCCGUAAGUUGUACAAAACCAUAAAGGGCUGGGACUCUUAAUCUGCAUCAUCUGACUUGUUAAAUGAUAUGUAAUACCGAUAUGGCAGAGCUGAGUUUACAUCUAGCACAAUUUAUAUUAUGCAUCGUCUGUGUGGCUCAUCACUGAUACAUUGACAUUAAAUAUGAUCCUUCUA